UAUGUUUAGUAAUGCAACAACAAGGACGGAGAGUUGGUUGAUGGGCAGUAUAGCUUGUACAGGUAUUCUAACAAACCUUGUAUUACUACUCGUUUUUUGUUUUUUACCAAAUUUAAGGAGACCUGUAAACGCUUUCCUUUUGCAUCAAUGUUUGUUGGAUGCUAUAAGAUCGGCAUAUUGCAUUCCCUUCUCUAUUAUUGAAGUCGAGCCACCAACUAUUUGUAGUGCCUUGGCAGGCACUUACAUAGUCUUAGUCACAUGCGCUUCAUUCAACUUGCUGACUAUUGUAAUGAAUGAAGUAUAUUCCUUCUCGGAUAUAACUUUAGGAGUGAACGCAUCUCAAAACUGUUGCUGUGUGUGGUUUGCCCUAGUCGUUAUCUGGUUUGCCGCAAUUAUCACAAACCUGGGAGUUGCUUUUAUGCCUGGAGGAAGAUCAGCAGAACAGUGCCAGUUUGUUACUGGCGUAACAAGCAAUUAUGUUUUGCACGUGGUUUGGUUACUAUUGGAAUCUAUGGCAACUUUAAUGACAAUCUCUUUUCUCCGCCGAAUGUCAAAUGAUGUGUCACGUUGCAAUUAUUACAGAUUAUCUACACUUGUUCGAGCGACUGUCUCUAUUGACCCAACAGUACAAACUUAUUCUCAAAGGAGACGAUCGGUCAUGAUCGACAAGAGAAAUAUAAGAGAAACCGUCAGAAUGAUGAAUUACAAACUGCGAAUACUGACGACCUAUACGACUCUCUUUAUUAUUAUGUGUCUGCCCCUAUUAGGUCUGUAUGCAAUAGAGCCCUGGGUAAACGCAUCUCCAGAAACUUUUCAAUUUUUAUCUAUGUUAGCUUGGUCGCAACCUCUUUUGACACCUUUUGCAGUUUAUUCAUUGAUUCGCGCGUCAGGGGGAUUUUCGGCUGACCCAGCACAAUUUCUAAGUCCUUUUAUACUUGGACAUCGUUCGUCAGCUGAAGGUGAUCCACCAAUAGUCAGAAUAGAAACGAGAAGUAGUACUUUUGUAACAGGCGAUGUGUCACCUUCAGACUCGAGAUAUAGCUUUUUCCCGAGUAUAAGUGCUGCUGCUGCAGUCUGCACAGGACCGCGGGGACGAAGAGCCAGCUCUUUUAUAGUAUAG